AUGGGUAUUCAUGGUCUCCACAUGUCUUGCUUGGCAUUCUUUCUGUUACUGUUCCUAUUACCUCCUCCCAUUUCUAAGGCUAAGAGCCUCCACUACCGUGGCCCUGGCUGGAAACUCUUCCGCUACCUGAGCGAGGGCUCCAAAAGUUCUCAGCAACGCCAGGUUCAACAGAUGAGGCAAAACUGGAGCCAGGACAAGCGCCAAGUGUCGGGGGACUGCCUCGGUAUUUUCGACCUCUACCUCAUCCUGGACAAGUCAGGCAGUGUGGGCGUAAAUUGGAUCCAUGUUUAUUCAUUUGCGGAGGAUUUGGUGAAGAAAUUUCAGAACCCUAAAAUGCGGAUUUCCAUCAUUACCUUCUCAACAGAGGCUGACAUUAUCAUACCACUCACCUCAGACAGAGAAGAAAUCCACAAGGGCCUUCUCACUCUCCUCGAAGAGGUGCCUGAAGGAUUCACACACAUGCAGAAAGGAUUUCACAAGGCCAUAGAGCAGAUCAAAAAGGCCAACUUGGAAGGCAGCAAUGUCAACAGUGUGAUUAUUGCUCUGACUGAUGGGACACUGGUGGAUAGGUCAUUUCAGCAGACCAUAGAUGAGGCCACAAAAGCUCGAGAACUCGGAGCCAUCAUUUUCACCGUGGGUGUGCAUAUGUAUGACAGAGUACAGAUGGCGGAGAUUGCAGACAGCCCAAGUCACAGUCUCGGGGUCCAAAAAGGGUUCGCUGCUCUGCAGAGCGUCGUUGACCAAAUUGCUGCCAAGACAUGUAUUGAGGUGUUAUCCGUGAAGCCUUCCCACGUGUGUAUAAAAGGUGCCUACCAAGUAAACAUUAGCGGACGUGGGUUUAAUAAUGCGAAAGACAUGAGCCAAGUUAUUUGUAGAUUCACGUUCAGUGAUUCCAGAAUCGUUGACGAAAGCCCCACUGAUAUGGAUGACAAAAGCAUAUCCUGUCCUGGACCAAGGAUACAGAGUGCUGGAGAGGAAGUCUCUCUUCAGGUCAGUCUGAACAAUGGCAUCUCCUUCGUUGGGAACAAACUCAUCAUAACCGGUACCUACUGUGGGAGUACCAAGGGUCCUCAGUCGCCCCUCUCUUCUCCAUCCUUAGCUGCCCCUCUGCAGGCUUACUAUCACCUGCAGGGCAUCCUCUCCCACCAUGGUGGGGGAACUGUCUGGUCUGUGGACCCCACAGCUCAUUCAGGGCCCCUGAGGGGAAAAGAGCUGCUCCUCAAGGACUGCCUUCCCAACUCCACAUCUGUCUUCCAAGCACCUGAGACCAGUGCAGAAGAAGAACCAGCUCCAGACCCAGACCCAGACCCAGUGGACACAACACAAGGCAAAGUCACCACUGUUCCCAGAAACCCACUAAGAGACAACCCUCUCGUUCACUGGAAAUUUCUUAUCUUCAUACCAGUCUUGCUGGUGCCCCUCCUGUUCCUGUGCUGCUGUUGGAGGUUGUGCUGCAAAAAGCGUAAGGAACAGCCGCCACCAUCAGAACCAGAGAAGAAUCCAGAAGAGAACCUGUCCCCUCCUCCUACAUCACCACCGGCUCCUCCCAUCCCUCCUUCAACUCCAUCACCUGUCAACCCAAGCCCUACUGUGAUUGUUGCCUGCUGUGGCUGUGGAAGCAGAGGCAUCCAGGGAAACCUGGAUCCAUGCUGCAGCUGCUUUCACCCAGGUUACCACCAGAUGCCGUUGAUGUGGUGUCAUCCCAAGGGGAGAUGCGCCAACUUUACUGUCGUGAAUCCCAGCUGCACACACGCCUCCUGCAGCCCAAAGCUUUGCCUUCCUUCCAAUAGAGACUAUCUCCAUCUCACGAAACCAUACACCUCAAGGAUUGUUCUUCAACCCAACGGGGAGUGCUUUGGCAUCUCACAGGCAUCCUGCAGCCCCAAGAUCUGCCUUAAGGCAGGCCAAGAAUGCCUCCCUGUGGCUCCGACCCUGUGCUCAAAGGUGUGCUCACCGAAUCAGAAGUGCUACGCUCUCGAUUGCUCACAGUCCUCAUACCCAAACAGGUGUACCCCAUCUCCCUCCAGGAUGCUGCCUCUGCUCCCUCCGCGUACCCGCCAAUCUGUAGAAUCCCUUAGUCGUCCCUGCUCUAAAGAACCAAAAUUCUAA